UUGUGACUCGUGCUCAGGCAAAGAGCGGGCUUGUCUGGAAUCUUUCAGCUAUAACUCUGAACAGAUUGUACACUAAAGGAUUACCUGCUCUUUGGAAAUAACAGAUUCGACACAUUCAUAAAACCGCAAUGGAGACAAAUAGUGACACCACAAAAAUCCUUGGGAAGGGUCCGGAAUACCUUCGGAAGCAAAUGGAACUGGAGAAUGAGACUAAAGCAGGCAUGAGUGCGGUGGAGAGGCUCGCUGCAAGCAAGCCAAAAUAUGUCAAAAGCCAACAAGUGGUCAGCUCAACUCAGGAGCCAGUGAUUAGUGUUGGGUCUGCUUCUGUGAGUAGCAUUGGGUCUUCAAGUGGGAUUUGUGUCUCAACGGACUAUACAAGUGUUGCACAAGACUGCUCUCAAGUGCGUCGGUCAAGCUCUAAAAAACGACCAGACUCACUUUUACUUUACAGACAGAAAUGUGAGUUGCUCAAAGCGUCAGCAAACGAGAGGAAACACCACAUAACUCGUAAGGUGCUGCUUAGUUCUGUAAAUAAAAAUGUCCCAUUACCUGAGGCCACAGAAAAGGAGUGUGAGUCUGAAGUCAGCAAAGAGAAAAUCACCACACCUGAGGGAAGAACAUCGGAAUGUGGCUCACGUGUAGUUACCACUCAGAUAGAGAAGAGGUCAAAUGGAGUUACAGAAGCAAGCACAACCAAAAGCAGCAAUUCUGGGGCUCAGCCAACAGCUGGUGGUCUUCUUGCAGUUCCUGAGCUUCAAACGAGGUCUGGCAAGGGGGUCAGUCGUUCCCACUCUGACAUCAGCUCCAGGUACUCCAAAAACUUUGCAGACUUUGAUGCAUUUUUCAAGUACUGCGGCUUGGAUGGUGAGGUCAUUGAGUCUUUAGGGAAGGAGAACUUCUCAGCACACUCGGAUGAAAUUGCAAUAAACAUUCGGAGCGUUAGCAUCUCCACGUCAGAUGAUGGCUUCUCAAGAGACAGUGGUGACAGCAACGGGCUACUGGAGGAUGAGUUACAAAAAACGAUCUGUCAGGGCCCAUCAGUUAUUGAGCGCAAUGCACGGAUUAUCAAAUGGCUGUACAGCUGCAAAAAUGCAACAGAGACUGGAAAAAAGUUACGAGCACUUGAUUGAUUUUUAUCUUUUUACAGAGGCCUACAUCAUACAACCUUAGCAGUGAGCAAGGGGUACUCUUAAGACGUUGGUAGUGACUGCAUUGUUGUUGCUUACGUCUGUUGAGCAGUCGAGGGUGCAAGUACACAUAUAAAUGCAUGUGAGUCAAAUGCACCUGACAUCCCAGAGGACAAAUGAAGUUAGAAUUUUUGUUCAGAUUUACAUGAAACUUCCUGAAUACUUUCUUCGUUUGCCAGAUAAAACAUACAAACAAAAUCUCUGCAAUUAUCAAAUAUUAUUAUUAUUAUUAUCAAAUACAAUUUUCUUCAUGACUGUAUGUAUUAUUCUACUUUUAUUUGGAAAAAAAUGUCAUUUUAUAUUAUUUAAGCAUGAAUGAAAAGUUUUAAAGUUAGAGCUUUGAGUUACAAUAGUAGUCAAAGGUUUGGACACACUUCCCCGUUAAAUCCAAUGGACAAAGUGUGUCCAAACUUUUGAUUGGUGGUGUAAAUCUGACCAAGGAUGCACAUCUGCAAAUUUGAAGACAUGUAGAAUGAUGUUCAAAUUGAGAGGAUGCUAACAGAGUAGACAAAAAAAAAGCUGCUAAUGCAAACAAUUUGGGUGUUGUUUUCCUUUUCUCACAUGAUAAUAAUGCAGAGCAAAUAUUUUUAAGCUAUCAAUCAGUCCUUGCUGAGGACUAAAGAAUAUUAUUUUGGACCAUAUACUUUGUAAAUUAAAUGGAUAAAAUGUCUUUAAGCUAUG